GUUUGUACAAGGUGCGCGGGCGCAAGAAUCGGCGUGUCAGCCACCGUCACGCUAUUCGAAGUCAUAUUGGUUUUUACAAUUUAUUUUUUGUUUAGUGCUCAGUGUUUUUAAGUGUUUAUGAACAAUAAAUAGGCGAAGAUAACAAUGAUCAAAUUCACAGCUUGCCUUUUGGCAAUAUGCAAUUUGGUAUAUGGACAAUAUUCAAAUUUGCUUACGAAUCCUGGUCAAACUUUCUUACAAGGCAUUUCACCUUCAAAUUAUGGAUUGAACAAUCGAGGCGUAUUUCCAGCCCAAAGACUCCCUGUCAAUGGGCUUGGCUACCUACAAGCGCUGGAUGUCGAAGAGCUUGCGAGAAAAGUCAACAUAAGUUUCAGCAACCCACCUCCACCUCUGGGCUCAGCACAGGAUCCGGCCACACAAACUUGUGGUCUCAUUCCGCCGUAUUGCCUUCAAUCCCGUUAUCGGACUAUAGACGGAUCCUGCAAUAACUUGCUAAAACCAGCGCUGGGAACGCCUCAAACACCUUAUGGUCGAUUAGUCCCAUUUAAAUACGGUGAUGGUGUAAGUUCUUUCCCUAGGUCUGUUUCUGGCAGGGAUUUGCCCAACGCAAGAGUUAUAAGUAAUUUUCUUUUCCCUGAUAAAAACCUAGUCGACCCGAUCUGGAAUUUAAAUGCGCAACAGUGGGGCCAAAUCAUUACUCAUGACAUGUCACUGACCGCUGGUGUCGCUCAAAGUCACAAAGAUACGGUAACAUGCUGUGAUGAUAACGGUCAACUGUCACCAGACGCGGCUACAAAUCCUCUUUGCGCACCCAUCCUUUUCCCACUAAAUGAUCCGGUUCACCAGCAAGGCGACCAAUGUAUAAACUUCGUCAGAACCGGUACGACCAGGGACAGGGGAUGCACGCCACGUAAUGCUCCCGCUCAACCGCUCUCAACAGUAACUGCGUAUAUGGAUGCUUCUUUCUGUUAUGGAAGUAGUGAAGGUCAGGCUAGACCAAUACGAGCUUUCGUCGGAGGCCGCUUGAGGACAAUUCUGAGAGGAGGACGGGAAUGGCCGCCUCAAGAUCCUAAUGUUACCCUUACUUGUGAAUCCGCACAAUCACCUAAUGAACCCUGUUAUUUAGCUGGUGACAUUAGAGUGAAUCAAAAUCCUCAACUAACAAUUCUUCAAAUAAUCGUUCUCCGAGAACACAAUAGGAUAGCGGGUAUUCUAUCAGCCAUAAACCCUCACUGGGAUGACGAGACGUUGUAUCAAGAAGCACGUCGUAUUGUUAUAGCUGAACUACAAUAUAUCAAUUAUUAUGAGUAUUUGCCAAUUUUCCUUGGUUUCGAAAAUAUGGUAAAGAAUAAACUUAUUUACCCGGGCGCUCGCGGAUAUGUGAAUGAUUACAAUCCGAAAGUCGAUCCGUCUGUUUUGGACGAGCACGCUACAGCCGCCUUUAGACACUUCCACACAUUGAUCAGAGGUUAUUUAAAAUUAGUAACAGAGAACAGACACUUAUCAGGUAUCGUUCGUCUAAGUGAUUGGUUUAAUCGCCCGCUACUUAUUGAACUCGAAAAUGCUUUCGAUGACCUAACAAGAGGGCUCACCUAUCAAGCGCAAGGCUUUAGUGAUCAAUUUUGGGAUAGCGAGAUCACUCAGUAUUUGUUCAAACGUAAUAACACCUUAGGAGGAGACCUUCGAGCGAUUGAUAUCCAACGCGGUCGCGACCACGGUCUUGGAAGUUACGUAAGCACGCGAGCAGCCUGUGGCCUACCCGUACCUCAUACCUUCCAUGAGAUGUUAGACUUUAUUUCUGAAGAGAACGUCGAAAUACUUAGAGCUGUUUACGAAUAUCCUGAAGACGUGGACUUGGUUGUCGCUGGAUCACUGGAGAAAAACGUACCUGGCGCGCAAACUGGCCCGACGUUCCUUUGCAUCCUCACCGAGCAGUUCUAUCGUACGCGGGUCGGUGACCGAUACUUCUUUGAGAAUGGCGAUCCAAGUGUAGCAUUUACAAAAAGUCAGCUCAAAUCCAUUCGUAAGGGGUCGUCAAUGGCUCGUAUAUUAUGUGACAAUAGCGACAAUAUCAGACACAUGCAACCGAAAGCCUUCCAGCAAAUAUCGUCCGGAAACAUGCCAGUGCCUUGUGACAAAUUGCCCGCCAUCGAUCUCAGUCUGUGGCAAGAUUUUAAAUUUCAAUAAUCUGUUAUAACCUUAUUUUUAAAAAUUUACUAAUUUAAUUCAUAAAAAGUUACCACGUGUUGUAUAAAAUAAUAAUAUAUUAAUGUAUAAAAAUAUAAUAUAAUCGUAUAAAUGUUGUAAAAAUGAAAUUGAACGGGUGAGAAAGAGAAAUGUAUAUAUAAUUGUCUCGAAAAAGAAAUUAUUUAAUUUUUUAUUAUUGUAAAUAAUAAAAGUAGCCUCACAAUAAAAGAUUUAACCAAAUUAAUGCUUAAAAUCUAAAUUAUGAUAAAAUUUAAUUUUUUCCAACUAUUUGUAUAAUUUUAAAAAGAAACUAUAGAUUUCUUUUGUUAAUGAACUUGUAUUAAAAAAUGAUCUAUAGUCCCUAAACCACUUUUUCUGUAAAACUUAAAACCGUUUUAUUUUUUUUUUCAAAUUCAAUAUUAAAUUUAUUAUUUUAUGUUCAUAAUAUAAUUCUUAUUCGGGCAUAUGCUUUUAAGGAACCUAUAAAAUGUCAUAAAGGCUUUGAUGUCAUUAUUCAAUAUGAAAUAUUUUACAAGUACAAAAUCAUCAACUAGUUGAUAAACUAUAAAAAAACUAGUUUAAAAUCGUUAAUAGAUAUAUAAAUUUAACACAAAUAUUCGAUUUUCUAAUAGUUUUAUAUUCUCCUAUGUGCAAUAUGUAAUAACAUUAUUGUUAACCAACUUAACUUUUUAAAUUUAUCAUAUAAUCG